GUUGCACUACUUUUCAAACUGGUUCAAGAGAGAGGAUGACUUGGGAGACCCUGGCGACCCAGGUUACCAUCGUCAGGAGGAGAGAGCUUCUCGUUAUUCCCGUACCUCAAUCAAACGUCUGAUUUCAAGUAAUUCAGACAUGGAUAACCACAACGACCUUCGUUUAGGUGACCGGGAACUAAGAGACAUUAACGGCACACCAUAGCUUUAAUUGUGAUAUGCUUUAGUCACAAAUCUAACAUUUAAUUUCAGUAUGUGUAUAUAUAUUACGUCUACUUUUAAGUUUGUAAGAUAUGAUUAAAAGCCUAUAUUUUUGUAAUGUAUGUGUAUUUACCUCCGUUCUAGUAAUUGAAAUUAUCUGCACAGUUUUACUGACCAUUGGAUGAAGCCAGUAACAUUAUUAUUACUUUUAUUUAUUUUGAAUAAAAGUAUUAGUAUUUAGUAAAAUGUGUAAAGUAAACCCCAUGAAAACACUGUUUAGAUCAACAUGUUAAUUUUGUAAUAAAGUGAUGAAUUAUUGUAAUUGUAUUAUAUAUUUCAUUCAUUUGUAUAAUGUUUGCAAAUACUGUUUUCACAAUAAUGUUGAUUGUAGGAAUUAAAACUUGAUUUAUUAUGUUUUUUUCUGUAAAGUUUGAAUAUAUGUAACCAAUUCUGCUGAAGUACUUUAUGAUAUUCAUAUUUGUGGGGGGGCUAUAUUAUAAUUAAUACCUAAGAUAAAUACAUACUAAUAGUGACAAAAUUGUCAAUAUUUUAUAAAUAAAAUUUGGAAAAAAAAA